AUGUCGAAAACUACGACGGCCUUCCUGAUUGGGUCUUUCAUAUUACUCAACCUAUCACAAACUUCGGCUGAAUGUGCGCCAGGCUCAAGCUCAAGCUCAAGCUCUCACCACCACCGUCCGCACCGGGGUGGGAAGCCUUCCUACCUUCGACAGCAGGUAGAAAAUGGGGACUACGGCUCUGGAUCGUAUAAUCCCAACACCAAUCUUCUCGGCAUAGAUCUGCCGAUCCAACUCGGCCUUGGAAGGCAACCCACCUCCCAGGGAAAGAAAUAUAAUCUAACCCUGAACUCUGGCGGGAACAAAUUUUUUGAUGACUGGACCUUUUUCUCCGAUUCGGAUCCUACUCAUGGCUUGGUAGCUUACCAACCUGUCGACGAGGCUUGGAAAAACGGCCUCGUUUCCGUGGGUCCAAGCUCACAUGAUAAAAGUUUGAUUACCGCAAAGAUGAAAGUGGACAACACAAACUGGCUUGGAGAUGGCGAGCCGCGUAAAUCAAUUCGACUUGCCUCCAAGAAGAGCUUCAAAUAUGGGCUUCUUGUUUUGGACGCUAUCAAGAUGCCCUUUGGCUGUUCUACCUGGCCUGCUUUCUGGACCGUUGGUAACAAUUGGCCUCAUGAUGGAGAGAUUGACAUUGUCGAAGGUGUCAACAUGUUAAAUACAAACCAAAUGACCCUGCACACAGGACCGGGAUGCACCCUUCAAAAUCCAAUGCAGCAGUCGGCCGUUGGUACUGUUCUCAAUGCAGACUGCGACGUAUAUGCAUCCUCCAACCUUGGAUGUGGAGUUCACGACCGUUCGAAUGCCUCAUAUGGCCAGCCAUUUAACCAGGCAGGUGGUGGGGUAUUCGCAAUGGAAUGGUCUCCUAACGGGGUCUCCAUCUGGCGUUUCAGCCGUGGUGAAGUACCUCGAGAUCUUCAGGCAGGCCAUACUCCUCAGCCUUCCACCUGGCCCAUCCGUCCAGUCGCGCAUUGGGCCAGCAACGGAUGUAACAACAUGAACGAAGAAUUCUCCGAACACCGGAUUAUUUUUGAUAUCACGCUUUGCGGAGACUGGGCUGGUUCUGCUGGUGUAUUUAAUGCAAAUAAUGCCUGCUCUGGAUCAUGCACUGAUUUAGUUAAAGAUCCGACUAAUUACAAGGACGCUAAUUGGGAAAUCGCCUCGGUGAAGCUUUACCAGUGA